AUGAAUAAAAUGGACGAUAAACAGCGAUAUCGUUCAUAUUAUGGAAAUAAAAAUUAUCAUGAUAGACAAUAUGAUGAUGAUAAUAAUAAUCGACAAUAUAAACAUCAUUAUCAAUAUUCAUCAUCUUAUUGUGAUGAUCGAUUACAUAAUAAUAAUAAUAAUAAUAAUAAUAAUCAGAUAAAUUUUUCAAAUCAACAAUAUCAAUAUCAACAAUCAAAUUCAAAUAUGUAUUCAUAUUUUUCUGAUUCAUCACCUUUACCAUUGAUGAAUACAAAAACAAUUAAUUCAUCAACAUUACUUACAGCUAUACCACAUGAACGUGAAUCAUGGAUACGUUCAGUAAAAAAAACAAAAACAAAUGAAAGUACUGAACAAAAAACACAAUAUUUAGAAACAAUGCUUCGUAUGCCACAACAACAACAACAACAACAAAAAUCUUCUAUAAAUUCAUCAACAUUUGAUCGAAUACGUUUUGCUAAUGAUCAGAUAUCAACAACAAUGAAUGCAACAGAUAAUAAUAAUAAUAAUUUUAAUGGAAGUUCAUUUCAUUUCAUUACUGAUACUAAUAAUUAUAAUGAUGUUAGUGCAAUAGAAAGAAUUUUAUUUAAUAAUUCUCUACCAACAACGAAUGACAAAUGUUCAAAUCUACAAUUAUUACCAACACCACCACCAUCCAUCAUCGAUUGUGAACCAACUUUGCGAACAAAUUCAAACAUCUUACCUCACUCAGGUUUUCUUAUUGAUAAUUGUGAUGAAGUCGAAGAAUUAUCAUCACCACUUUCUCCUCCAUCUCGUCUUCCUCUUAUGAUUUCUUCAACAAUUAAAAAAUCAACACAACAAAAUCAAAACGAUCUCAAUGAACAAUGUGUUAUGUUAGUCAAUGAAUUAAAUGUUGCCGAUGUUGAACAAAAAAAAGUAUUAAAACAUCGAAAACGAUUACAGAAAAAAUUUACAAAGAAAAAAAAACAAUCAAAUAAUAAAAUUGAAGAUAAACAAAUAAUUGAAUCUGAAUCAAUUUCAAAUAUUUAUAAUACUAAUCAUGAAGAAUUACCAUCGGAUUGGAUUUUUGAAGCUGAUACAAUAGAAACUAAUCGAAUUUCACAAAUAACAAAUAUGAUAAGAAGAGUAUCAACAAAUAUGACUGAUGAAGAUAAAAUAACUAAAGUUAAUAUAAUAUUAAAAAAAAUAAAAAGACAACAAAAAGAAUUAAGAAAAUUACGAAAAUAUGUUAUAUCAAUGUUAGAUGAAGAACAAAAACAAAAUUCAACUAAUACAAUACGACAAAAUGUAAAUAUUAAUCAAGAUCUACUCAUAUCAUUUCUUAAUCAACCAACUCUGUCUGGUUGUUGGUUAUGCUCAGGGAAAAAAUAUACUGAAGUAGCUACACAAUACAAUAAUAUUGAUCUGUUAUAG